UCUCCCACUAGGGCAUUUUCGGGAAAGCAGAUAAAAUCCCGCGAAGAACGAAGGGAAGAAAAAGGCUUGCGCAUUUCGCAGAGAAAGCUUUCACGAAGCAGUAAAAGAAUUGGAGAACAAAUCCAUCGCUUCUUCUUAAAAUGCCACGAGUGCAAUGGAAUGAAAUUAACCUAGCGGAAAUUGAGGCUAAUAAACCUGUGAGACAGAAAAUAACAGAACCAAAGACACCAUACCAUCCCAUGAUUGAUGAUGACGAGGAUUCAUCAUCUCCUACCGAAAGAAGAAGUUUUGAGUUUUGUUUUGAAGAUGCCGUGAAUGGAGAAGAAAUAGAUACGGCCUUGAAUGAUGAGGGUUCCUCUAGCACUUACUAUGGCUGGACAUCAUCUGAAGAUGACGAAAAUGCAAUUGAUCAAGAUGAAGAAGGUUCUGAUUCUGAGAGACGCAAGAGCUUUCGGGAGCUAAGGAAAGCUCACUAUGACGAGUUUUUGAAGAUUAAGGAACUUCGUCGUGAUGGAUCCUUGCUUGAAGACGAGUCUGACGAGGAAACCAAGGACGAUGAAAAGAAGGAUGUAACGGGUGAAUUCUCAUCAUCAAUUGCUGCUGGUGUCAAAGACAUUGACAUUAAGGAACCUUCAAAACCUGCAGAGGGAUCUUAAUACCCAUUGAGGACAUCCUCAUAACUGCUACGUUACGGGUCAUCAUCUUCAUUGUGGUUUUGUUGCUUACCAAUACUCUGAAACUUGUGCAUUCAGUUUUGCAACUGUAUAUAGCCACUUCACUGGGCUUCAAAUUUCACAGCAAACUUCUGUCAACCUGCGCUGGAAUUAUGUCUUAUCCAAUAGCUCCAAAGCUUCCAUUUUGGCUGCUUUCUUGGAUUCCUGUUCAUGAUGCAAUCUAUGUUUAUGGGAUGUUUGGAUGUUUAAUUUCUCUGUUGAGAUUUCCCAUCUCGAGUCUUUUAUGUGUGUGUGUUGGGAAUCAUGAUAUUGUUUUGCAAGAAAUAAUAAUUCAAUUGGUUCA